AGAGAGAGAGAGAGAGAGAGAGAUGAGGAAGAAGAAGCCAUUGCUAAUGGUUGAGAGCAAUGUGAAGAUCACGUUGUUGAUAAUUGGAGCAUUAGUGACCAUAUCUUUUUAUUAUAUCAACAUCAACAAUAAUAAAGAAGAAAAAGCAAUUCGUCCAGUAGUCAUCUUCGAUACUUCUGUUUAUGAUUCAUUAGAAGGAUGUGAUUUGUUUUCUGGAAAAUGGGUUCAUGACAACGACUCAUAUCCUCUCUAUAAAGACUCUGAUUGCCCCUAUAUUCUUGGUGAUUAUGCUUGUGGACAAUAUGGAAGAAAGGACUCCAAGUAUCAACAAUGGAGAUGGCAACCCCAUGCUUGUAACCUUCCAAGAUUUGAUGCCAAAGAAGCUCUUGAGAGACUGAGGGGUAAAAGGGUAAUUUUCAUUGGAGAUUCAGUGAAUAGGAACCAGUGGGUGUCAAUGGUCUGCAUGCUUCAAGCAGUCAUCCCUCUUGGUCGAAAGAAGAUGCAAAAAAUUCAUGGUGUUUCCUUGUUCACCUUUAAAGCAUUUGAUUAUAAUGUUUCGAUUGACUUCUAUUGGGCUCCGUUAUUAGUAGAAUCCAAUGGAGACCACCCAUCAAAACACAGAACGAAGGAUCGUAUAGUUCGUAUCAAUUCCAUAGAGAAACAUGCUACAAAUUGGAUUAAUGCUGAUAUAUUAGUCUUUAACUCGUAUCUUUGGUGGAGGAUGCCCACAGUAAAAAUAUUGAACGGAUCAUUUGAAGACUCUACACAAUACGACAUAGUCGAUAACCAUAAUGGUUACAAAAUGGUUCUGAAAACAUGGUCUGAUUGGUUGCAUAGCCAUAUCAAUCACACAAGGACCCGAUCAUAUUUCAUGAGUAUGACUGCAACACAUCACAAAGGUGUAGAAUGGGGUAUGCAAGAUGAUCAAAAUUGCUUAAAUGAAACUGAGCCAAUAAUGAAAGAUGAGUUUUGGGAAAGUGGGUCGGAUUUGAAAAUGUUGAUGAUACUAGAGUCAUCUUUGAACAAAUUGAAAACAAGAGGGGUGAAUGUGCAAAUGAUGAAUAUAACACAAUUAACACAAUAUAGAAAAGAUGCACAUCCUUCAAUUCACAGAUUGCACUAUUCUCCGUUAACCAAGGAACAACUGUCCAACCCUUCAAGUUAUUCAGAUUGUACACAUUGGUGCCUUCCGGGUGUCCCAGAUGUUUGGAAUGAAUUACUUUUGGCUCAUAUUCUUCGCAAACAUAUAUAAUUUAAUUCUUUUAGAUAGGAUAGUUUAAUCAUUUAUAUUUAUCAAAAAUUAUUUUUUAGUACUAUGAAAUGUGAAUCUAACUCUUUUUAUAUACAUAAAAUACAUCUUUGAGUUUUUAGAAUAAAUUAUGAUUGUAUGUUCAUGGUCAUUGUGAU